UCAACUCGCAAUGCCAACCCGUAGCUUCUUAUCCUGCGCACUUCCUCCGCCUUCUUCUCCAACAGGAUUAGGGUUUCUAUUUUUUUCUCUCUCUACUCCCAAAUAAAAUUCCUCAUUAUCUUCUCUGCUCUUCGAUGUUUUUAUUCACAAACCUACGGUUUUACUUUUCUUGUUGUUGUGCUUCUUCUUCUUCUUCUUCUUCAGAGUGCCGCUUUCCAACUACCACAACACCCUAUGGAAUCCGAUCGCAAUCUCAGGAACUCGUAUAACUACUCGAAUCUCUUCAAUCUUGAGUCUCUGACGAAAUUUCAACUGCCUCAUGGUGACGAGUUUGAUUAUUAUGCAAAUAGCAGUCAGGGUGAGAGCAGAGGUGGACCAAUGACGGACCGAAGUAAUGGAAUGAUGUCGGAAAAAAGAAAGAGGCGAAACAUGUAUAGCAGUGAUGAGGACCAGGAUGACAUCUCCGACACUUACUUUUCUGAGGAACAAUAUAGAGCAAUGCUUGGGGAGCAUGUUCAUAAGUACAAGAGAAGGCACAAAAGUAAUAAUUUGCCAACUUCGGCCUCCAACCGAAAUGGAACGUCUGGCAUGAAGAAUAGCCUUGGAUCGAAGGACCAUAAAAUAGUGAAUGGCCGUUCAGGAGGAGCACGCAAGAUUGAAACAAUUCCUCAGAAUCUGGGGCACUACAAAGAGGCAGAUUUUGCCCCAGAGUAUGGCAUGGACAGGUCAGUUUGUGAACCUGCAUAUUUGGACAUUGGCGAUGGCAUCACAUACAAGAUUCCUCCAACUUAUGAGAUGUUGGCUACCUCAUUAAACUUGCCUAGAACGUCAGAGAUCCGAGUGGAGGAGUUCUACCUUACAGGCACCCUUGAUUUGGGCUCAUUAGCUUCAAUGAUGUCUGCUGACAAAAGGCUUGGCCCUAGAAGUGGACCAGGGAUGGGUGAGCCUAAACCCCAGUAUGAAUCUCUUUGGGCAAGAUUAAGUUCCCCAACAUUGAAUAACUCCCCCCAGAAGUUCAGUCUUAAAGUCAGUGAUGAUGCGUUGGAUUCAUAUUCCGCUCCGGAGGGAGCAGCCGGAGGGUUUAGGCGUUCUAUCAUGUCAGAAAGUGGAGUGUUGCAGGUGUUCUAUGUGAAGGUGUUAGAGAAAGGGGACACAUACGAGAUCAUCGAACGCAGUUUACCCAAGAAGCAAAAGGAGAAGAAAGAUCCAUCUAUGGUUGAGAAAGAGGAGAUGGAUAAAGUUGAUAAAUAUUGGGUGAACAUGGUUAGAAAAGACAUACCAAAACAUCAUAGGUUUUUUAUCAACUUCCAUAGAAAGCAAUUAACUGAUGCGAAGAGGUUUUCUGAGAACUGUCAAAGAGAGGUGAAGAUGAAAGUGAGCAGAUCACUUAAGUUGAUGAGGGGUGCUUCAAUCCGCACAAGGAAGCUGGCAAGAGAUAUGUUGGUUUUUUGGAAGAGAGUGGAUAAAGAGAUGGCCGAAGUGAGGAAAAGAGAAGAAAAAGAAGCUGCCGAAGCUUUAAAGCGCGAACAGGAGCUUCGUGAAGCCAAGCGGCAACAACAGAGGUUAAAUUUUCUGUUGUCCCAAACAGAACUCUAUGGUCACUUCAUGCAGAAUAAGCCAUCUUCCCAACCGCCUGGGAUUUUAGUUGAAAAGGACAAAGGGGAUGAUCAAGAAGCAAUUAUGAGUUCUUCAGAAGUAGGUGCAGAAGAAGAUCCUGAAGAGGCUGAAAUGAAAAUGGAAGCCCUGAAAGCAGCCCAAGAUGCAGUCUCCAAGCAGAAAAUGAUCACUAGUGCAUUUGAUGACGAAUGUUCGAGGUUGCGUCAAGCUUCAGCUGCUGAGGACCCUGAACAAGCAGUUGCUGGAUCUAGCAACAUAGAUUUGUUGCACCCCUCAACUAUGCCAGUAGCGUCCUCAGUACAGACACCAGAGUUAUUUAAAGGUUCUCUGAAAGAGUAUCAGCUAAAAGGUCUCCAGUGGCUGGUGAAUUGUUAUGAACAGGGUCUAAAUGGGAUUCUUGCUGAUGAGAUGGGCCUUGGGAAAACUAUCCAAGCAAUGGCGUUCUUGGCUCAUUUGGCUGAAGAGAAAAAUAUAUGGGGCCCAUUUCUGGUUGUUGCACCUACUUCUGUCUUGAACAACUGGGCUGAUGAAAUUGGUCGCUUCUGCCCCGACUUAAAAACACUUCCUUAUUGGGGCGGUAUUCAAGAGCGGACGAUACUUAGGAAAAACAUCAAUCCAAAGCGUCUUUAUCGUAGGGAUGCUGGAUUUCACAUUCUCAUCACCAGCUACCAACUCCUUGUGUCCGAUGAGAAGUAUUUCAGGCGUGUGAAAUGGCAGUAUAUGGUCUUAGAUGAAGCUCAGGCAAUCAAAAGUUCAACCAGUAUAAGAUGGAAGACACUACUCAGUUUCAAUUGUCGAAACCGUCUGCUUCUGACCGGAACACCUGUUCAGAACAACAUGGCUGAGUUGUGGGCCCUCCUUCAUUUCAUCAUGCCGACUCUAUUUGACAGCCAUGAACAAUUUAACGAGUGGUUUUCUAAAGGUAUUGAAAACCAUGCGGAACAUGGUGGGACUUUAAACGAGCACCAACUUAGCAGAUUGCAUGCCAUUCUGAAGCCUUUCAUGUUACGGCGUGUUAAGAAGGAUGUCGUUUCUGAGUUAACUGGGAAAACAGAAAUUACAGUGCAUUGCAAAUUGAGUUCGAGGCAACAGGCUUUUUAUCAAGCUAUAAAGAACAAGAUAUCUCUUGCUGAGUUGUUUGACAGUAACCGCGGGCAACUUAAUGAAAAGAAAUUUAUGAACUUGAUGAACAUCGUCAUCCAAUUGAGAAAGGUUUGCAACCAUCCAGAGUUAUUUGAGAGAAACGAAGGAAGUUCAUACUUCUAUUUUGGUGAUAUCCCGAAUCCACUUCUUCCACCUCCGUUUGGGGAACUGGAGGACGUAUACUACUCUGGGAGUAAAAAUCCUAUUACAUACAAGGUACCGAAAUUAAUAUACCAAGAAAUUGUGCGAAGUUCAGAUGUUCUUUUAUCAGGAGGAAAGCAUAAUAUCAAAAGAGAAUUUCUUGAGAAACAUUUUAACAUAUUCUCCCCAGUAAACAUUUAUCAAUCCAUAUUUAAGCAAGAUGAACAUGGGCCCUCUACUAAAGAUGGAACAUUUGGGUUUACUCGAUUGAUUGAUCUGUCACCAGCAGAAGCAGGGUUUAUAGCAAAUUCUUCUUUGAUGGAGAGGUUAUUGUUUUCUAUUGAGAGAUGGGAUUGGCAUUUUUCGGAUGGGGUCGUGGACUUCAUAAUGGAAAGUGAGGAUAAAGAUAUUGAGUACAAUCAUCUUGGAAAGGAAAAAGUAAGAGCAGUAACAAAAAUGUUACUAAUGCCAUCCAAGUCGGAAACAAAUGUUCUUAGGAGGAGACUUGCAACUGGACCUGGGGAUGCUCCGUUUGAGGCGUUGGUCCUCUCACAUCAGGAUAGGCUUGCAUCCAAUGUUCGACUUCUUCAUUCAGCUUUCUCUUUCAUUCCGCAGAUAAGGGCACCUCCUAUUGAUACGGACUGUCCAGACAGAGAUUUUGCUUACAGGAAGGUUGAGGAGCUACAUCAUCCUUGGAUUAAGAGGUUAUUGGUUGGCUUUGGACGCACGUCUGACUGUAAUGGACCUAAAAAGCCAGAUGGUGCUCCUCACCAUCUGAUACAGGAAAUUGACAAUGAACUACCUGUUUUGCAACCUGCUCUCCAGCUGACUCACAAGAUUUUCGGUUCAUGUCCUCCUAUGCAGAGUUUUGAUCCUGCGAAGAUGCUCACAGACUCGGGGAAGCUUCAAACAUUGGAUAUACUUUUGAAACGCUUGCGUGCAGGAAAUCAUCGUGUUCUCCUGUUUGCACAAAUGACCAAGAUGUUGAAUAUCAUUGAGGAUUACAUGAACUAUAGGAAAUACAGAUACUUACGGCUUGAUGGAUCCUCUACCAUAAUGGACCGUCGGGACAUGGUCAAAGACUUCCAACAUCGGAGUGAUAUUUUUGUAUUCUUGCUGAGCACAAGAGCUGGUGGCGUUGGGAUCAAUUUGACUGCUGCUGACACAGUCAUAUUUUAUGAAAGUGAUUGGAAUCCGACAUUGGAUUUACAAGCAAUGGACAGGGCUCAUCGGUUGGGUCAGACUAAAGAUGUUACAGUAUAUAGGUUAAUUUGCAAAGAAACAGUGGAAGAAAAGAUUUUACACAGAGCUAGCCAGAAAAGUACUGUCCAGCAAUUAGUCAUGACUGGUGGUCAUAUACAGGGUGACAUAUUAGCUCCUGAAGAUGUUAUUUCUUUGCUGAUAGAUGAUGCACAAAUGGAGCAGAAGCUAAAAGAAAUUCCAGCACAGGUUAAAGAUCGACAAAAAAGAAAAGGCGGGACUAAAGCUAUAAGGAUAGAUGCAGAAGGUGAUGCACGCUUAGAGGAUCUUAUGAAUCCUGAAUCUCCUGCAGAUGUAUACACGUCCUCUCCUGCCGAGAAACCGGUGUCCAGUAAGAAGAGAAAAACUAGUAGCGAAAAAGGAACUCCAAAACCAAGACCUCAAAAAGCUCCAAAAAAGCUCGAUUCUUUGGCCUCCAAUACAAUAGUAUCGGGAUCAGAAUCCGAUGAUCGGCUUCCACACGCCAACAUGCACCAGCAGACACCCCAGAGAACCAAAAGACCAACAAAGAGCAUAAACGAGAAUCUUGAACCAGUAUUUUCAGCUCCGGUAGUUAUGGCUGAACACGAAUGAAUCCUGGACCACAUCUAUACGAUUCCACCGCUGGUUAUAAGUAUAUGAAGAUGCAACCAAAACGAACGAUUGGCUCUGAUUGACAUGCCUCACAACUUUUUGGACGGGGAAUGAUGAUCGGAAAGCGAAUGGAGAUAUCGUACGAUAGUCUUGUACAGGUUAUAUGUUCUUUUCGUCAUUCCAAACUGGAAUCUUUCACGAAAACAACCUCCCUACCCUUGGGGGUCCAGACUGAGUGGGAUACAUCGGGUACGUUUAGUUUGAAUUCAUCGUUACUCCACUUGGGGGUAGAAGUGAGAGUUGAAUCGAGUGUACAUAUGAUUUAUUAGGUUAAAGCAAAGGAUUUUCUGAAACAUGAAAUGGAAGUGCUCAAAUUUUAAUGUUACUCCAUGAAUAUAACUUGAAUUUGAUGUAUUCUGUUUUGGUUGAAGGGGGAUAAUGCAUAAUGGAGAUGGAUAUGUUUGGUCA